AUGUACAUUCCUAAGCUCUUCCUCUCCCUCAAGGGGAUAGAGGUUCCCAUCGGACCACAUAACAACAACGUCCCCUCAAAUUCAACCUCCCACAAACCACCCACCACCCUCACACCCCUCCUCCAAAGCCUCACAAGCUCAACACCAACGCUCUUCCCACCACUACCAGCAAACGAGGAUCCGACAACACUCCAAGAAACCCUCCUCUUUUCCCUCUUCAUCCUCUUCAUCAUAGCAGCUACUUGUCUCCUAGUGCUAUUCCUCAUCCUCCUACCCCGAGCAGCAGACUACCUCGAGGACUGGUGGGAGGGGCGCUCAAAAGAGGAUUGGAGACGAAAGGGUGGAGAGAGAGGUCUGCUUUUACCGCGAUGUUCUCGUCGUAGGGUUAUAUCGAGGUAUGGAACAGGUGUGCGGAUGGGGUAUGGCGCCUGUGGGUUUCGGGGAUGUACGCUUACUAGUACUCGUCAUGUUCAGGUUCGGCGGGAGGUUAUGGGAUGUAUGAAGAAGAGUACAUACACAGGAGCGGAAUUGGAUUUGGAGAGAGCGGAUGGAGGGGGGGAUGAUAAGAAUGAGGUGGGUGGAUAUUAUGAGGGGGGAGAUGAAUAUGUGCCUUCUGUUAGGAAGAAGGGUGUGAGUGGCAAGACUGUCACGUUUGGGGAGGAGGUCCAGGUUUUUGAGGUGCGGGAGAUGAGAGCUGUUAUGUGUAGACCGUGUGAUGAGGAGGAAAAGAAGGUUGUUAGGUUGAAGAGCGGGCAUGAGGUGGAUUGA